UUUUAUUUCCUCUCUGAAUAUUUUCCCUUAGACAGCUAACGUUACAUCGCACGGGCCGUUUAGAAGCAAUAAACAACGAUUUUUGUUACAUAUAUAGAAUAGAUCUGCGGUCAGCACAAACAUGUCGCACACAAUUUUGCUUGUCCAACCAACCAAGAGACCUGAGGGCCGCACAUAUGCUGACUAUGAGUCAGUGAAUGAAUGCAUGGAAGGUGUUUGCAAAAUGUAUGAAGAGCAUCUUAAGAGGAUGAAUCCAAACAGUCCCUCUAUCACUUAUGACAUUAGUCAGUUGUUUGACUUUAUUGACGACUUGGCAGAUCUGAGCUGUCUUGUGUACAGAGCUGACACUCAAACAUACCAACCAUACAACAAAGACUGGAUCAAGGAGAAGAUAUAUGUCCUGCUGCGGCGUCAGGCUCAGCAGGCAGCAAAGUAAAGGCAUCAGUGAGGAGCUGUCCUGCUACACACACUGCAAAGGACUUUACUGUACAUUGGGAAAUGAAGGGAUUUGAAAAAUGGGAAAUGGAGUCGUGCUUUGCAGCAUGCAUAUGUUUGUCAUUUGUUACACUAUAAUGAGAGUGCGGCUAAUGGCUGCAAGAUGGAGAGGGAUCCCUGCUCGGAGAAAUGCUCCCCAGCCUAGAUAAAAACAUUUUUUUGUUUGUCAGAUUUUUAACCGUGUGCUUUCAGUUCCCUUAAAAGUUAUGUGAUGUUUUUUUUUUCUAUAUACCUUUACUGGGCAGUUAAAUUUCAACAUGUUGUGUAUUUUGAAUGCAGGUGAUUUUGGGUUUUUUUUUUUUAUGAGAGAAGUGUCUGCAGACUGACCCGUUUAACUGAUCCCAGAAGAUUUAUUUUCCACAUUUCGUUGUUAUUACUAUUAUUACUAUAUCCUACCAUCAUGAUGUAAAAUGGUGUUUUUGUAUACAUUUUGCGUAGAAUCUGAUUUCAACUAUCCAUGUUGCUAUUUUCUUUGAUUCAAAUUAAACAGUUGUUUUCUG